AUGCAAUUAGGAUAUAAUGAAAUAAUGAUUGUCUCGAAGUAUUUUAAAGAUAUUAAUGAUUUUAUUAAUUUAGAAAUGGGAGUUAAAAGAUUUAGAGGAAAUAUGGAACGAUUUCAUUUUAAUCCAAUUCCAUUGAAUCAAUAUUCAAGAAAAUUGUUUCCUAAUAUUGAAACAUUUCAUAUUUAUAAUAAAGAAGAUGAAAUAUUUAAAGAAGGAAAAAUAUUUAAAUAUGUAAUAUGGUAUAAAGUGAGUUAUUCAAGAUAUUUAAAAGAGAAAGAAGAAAUGAAUGAAUAUAAAAAUAUCGCAUAUACAGAAGAAGAUAGAAAUACAUAUGGAAAUACAAUACCAAUAGAAGUUAAUUCACUUGAAGAUUUUUGUUUUUAUAGAUGUAAUGAUAUUCAAUCAAUUGAAAUACCAACAAGUGUAAUUGAAAUAGGAAAUGGAUGUUUUAAUGAAUGUUCAUCAUUAGAAUCAAUUAAUAUACCAACAAGUGUAAAUGAAAUAGGAGAUAGUUGUUUUAGUGAAUGUUCAUCAUUAGAAUCAAUUAAUAUACCAACAAGUGUUAUUGAAAUAGGAUAUGGAUGUUUUGCAUAUUGUACAUCAUUAACAACAAUUAAUAUACCAACAAGUGUAAUUGAAAUAGGAAAUAGCUGUUUUGAAGAAUGUUCAUCAUUAACAUCAAUUAAUAUAGAAGAUGUAAAAUAUAUAAGUGAAGAAAGAAUAUUUAUGAAUGAACCAAUGUUAAUUAGUAUUGAAAUACCAAAGAAUUUAAAAAUAAUAAAUGGAAAGAAUAUUGAAAAGAAAGAUAUUAAUGAAUUUAACAUUCCAUCAACAAUUACUAAAUUAGGAGAUAGUUGUUUUUCUGAAUGUUAUUCAUUAACAACGAUUGAAAUACUAACAAGUGUAAUUGAAAUAGGAAAAUAUUGUUUUGUUGGAUGUUCAUUAACAACAAUUAAUAUUCCAUCAUCAAUUACAUCAUUUGGAUAUGGUUGUUUUUAUCAUUGUGGAUGUGAAAAAAAGUUAAAGAAGAAUAAAUCAAUACCAGAAUAUUGCUUAAAAAAAUAA